CCCUCAACGAGAAGGAGAAGCAGAGAGGAGACGAGAACAACCUGGUCUUCCCAGGAGAGGGACAAGCAUGGGUGAACAUGGAUGGUGUCAACGGACAGGUGACUCAGAAACCCAAAGUGUUCUCUUAUAACGUGGUAUUUGAGCCCGAGGCCACGCAGGAGGAUAUCCUUGAGCACUCUGGUAUUAAGCGCCUCCUGGACAUGGCCAUUGACGGGUUCUCCUGCACAGUCUUCUGUUAUGGCCAGACAGGCUCAGGCAAAACCCACACGCUGACGGGACCUCCGCAUCUGUACUACAUGCCCACAACAUCCAAGACCAGAGCAUCCAAAACAUCUCGCAAGCCAAAUUUCUUCUCG